AUGAGGUUCCAUCAAUUCAAACAACACCUCAAAACCAUCGGGUCGUUUUCCAACAGUUUGAUGAAAAUCGGCAGCAUCGACCUUCAGGAACUGAAGAAAUGCCUAGAGAACCUGCAGCUGCUUAACCUCAAGGAGUUGGAGGUGGAAGUGGGGGGAUUCAGUUCAAUGAGUUCAUUGUCCUCCUCAGCCUCAUCUAUCUUUAGGCACAGCCAUCAUCUUCUUCCUCUCCAAACAAUUGAUAAUUAUGGGCCAAUGCAGACAUCAAAGAUGGGUUCGUCAGAACUGGAGGCAACCUUUGACACCAUUGUUGAAGUAUUCUUGUUACAUGACAAGAUUGGAGAUGGGAAGUUUAACAAGAAAGACUUGGUAAACACGUUGAACGAUGCACCAAGUCAAAAUUCAGUGAGUCGAAACAAUUGA